UUUAGUACUCUGUGGCAGUUGAAUAUUGAAUAUCGGUUUUAAGUGGAAGUGACUGAUAAACCGAUGGCAGAAGCAAGCAAAGUAAUUAAAAUAACACUCCAGUCAAAGAACUUACAGUGUAAAAACCUACAUGAUUAUUUGAAGACCCUUCCAACAGAAAUUCUGGAUAGGUUGUAUAAUCAUCCAACAACGUGUUUAGCAGUGUACAGAGAACUCCCAGAAAUAGCACAGCAUUAUGUUAUCCGAAUACUCUUCGUUGAACAGCCAGUUCCACAAGCUGUAGUAGCUUCAUGGGUUUCACAAGCAUAUUCGAAGGAACACAAUGAAGUGGCUCAAGUGUUGAGUAGUCUCCGUGUAUGGCAGGAGGCGGCUAUACCUGGUGGACUUCCGGGAUGGAUUAUGAACUCUGCCUUUAAAAGGAAUAUGAAGAUUGCUCUGUUGGGAGGAGGAAAGCCAUGGAGCAUGUCAUCACAACUGGAAACUGACAGCAAACCGCGUGACAUUCCGUACUUGGACAGCUACGCUAUGGAACGAUGGGAGUGUGUGUUGCAUUACAUGGUGGGAUCACAACAGCAGGAGGGGAUAUCGGCUGAUGCUGUCCGUAUCCUCCUUCAUGCUGGCCUUAUGAAACGUGAUGAAGAUGACGGUAGCCCAGUGAUCACACGGGAAGGGUUUCAAUUUCUGUUGCUGGAUACACCAUCUCAGGUGUGGUACUUCAUCCUCCAGUACUUGGAUACUGUGGAGUCUCGUGGCUUGGAUCUUGUGGAUUGUCUAACAUUCCUUUUCCAACUCAGUUUUAGUACUAUGGGCAAGGAUUACAGCACAGAAGGCAUGAGUGAUGGACUCCUGGUAUUUUUGCAACAUCUUAGGGAGUUUGGACUUGUCUAUCAGCGCAAGAGAAAGGCUGGGCGCUUUUAUCCAACAAGAUUAGCCCUUAAUAUUGCAUCAGGACAAAGCAGAUCUCAGUUGGACAUGAACCGAGAGGGUUACAUUGUUGUAGAGACCAACUACAGAGUAUAUGCAUACACAGAUUCCAACCUGCAGGUGGCUCUCCUGGGCCUGUUUUGUGAACUUAUGUACAGGUUUCCAAAUCUUGCUGUGGGAAUAUUGACUCGAGACUCGGUGCGUCAGGCCCUGAAGAGUGGCAUCACUGCGGAACAAAUAGUGGGUUUUCUUCGAUUACACGCACAUCACCGUAUGGUGGCCGUGGGGCCUCCAGUGCUCCCACCUACUGUAGUAGAUCAGAUCAAGCUCUGGGAAAAUGAACGCAACCGUUUUACCUUCUCAGAAGGAAUUUUAUAUAGUCAGUUUCUUUCUCAAGCUGAUUUUGAAGUGUUAAGAGACCAUGCACAAGAUUUAGGUGUACUGACGUGGCAGAACCCUCAGCGCAGGACCAUGGUAGUAACACGUUCAGGUCAUGAGGAAGUCAAAAGAUUCUGGAAGCGAUACUCCAAAGGAGCAGGUUGAAGCAGUUACUUGUCUGUGCAAUUGUUUGUGACAGAAACAGGUUCUUUGUGGACCUAAUGAACUCACUGUAUAAUCAAAAUUGAUUUAGUUUUAAAGUAACAGUGAUAAAUUUCCAGUGUUGCCCUUGUUAGUUCACUGGCUCAUCUCACUUCCUUUGUGGUCUUACAGCAAUGUUAAUCUCAAGAAAUAUAUAACAUAUUAAGAACCUCAAAAUCCUCAUCAUCAGACAAACUUUGCUUGAAUACAGCAGACCGUGUUUGAAAUAAAGGACAGGAUCCUUUACUGGCAGUGUCUAAUGAUUGUGAGAUAAAAGUUUAUGGCAACCAGAGAUAUAGCAUUUUAUUCUGACAGUUAUGUACACAGUAUUCCCCACAAUGUUUGAGAGAUAAUUUGUUUUAUUAUUUGUUUAUUUAGUGAUUAGUUCAGAUUGUGUAGUGCUGAGUGAAUGAUGAGUUGGAAAGCUCAUGGAAAGAAUUUGUGGCAUAAUUUAAGGUACUAUUUUGGCAUUUACCUGGGGAAAAUGAGGAAAGAAAUGAAAAAUCUCUCUCAGGAUAGCUGGUCUCUGGGCUGGGAUUUGAACCCAGGACCUGAAUACAAAGCAGGAGUGCUGGCCACUUUAUUUUGUUCUUUUUCAUAUGAGUACAUUCCUUCUACUAUGCACACAUACAUUCGUCACUUUCAAGUGUACUAAUAGAACAACACAACACAGAAGGAUGAACAUCUAUACCUUGAGUGGGAUAUGAAACCACAGUCCUAGUGUCCAGUCAACGAAGACCCACACCCAAGAUCGUGUGGCAACUGUGGUCAGCGGCUGCUGUGUUUGGCAGAGAUGAAGAGCUUGAAGUUACAAUAGAAACCAGCCGGUUCCUUCCCAUGCAGUCACUGCUGGCAUGAUCACUCUGUCCACUUGGAGAUGAACGGUCUGCAUCUGGAGGAUUCUGUAUGUAGUACCUCUGUUUGUGGAGCCCAUCCCCAAAACAGCAGUUGCCGCAGCACUGUUGUUUCGUUUUCUGGACCGUGUGUCGUAGCUCUCGCAACAUCCGGUCCACAUCUGUACAGGAACACAGAAGAAGAUACUUACUGUUGUUUCCUGCAAUAAGCGAAACAAGUGCCUUGCCACUGAGCGAAAGUUCAGUCAGUUGGUUUCUGGAACAUUGAACACAUUCCAGCAUGUUCAGCGCACUGAGGUCCAGUGUCUCAAUCCUGUUCUCACUCAUGUCCAGUUGUGUCAGAUUCUGAACACACAAAAUUCAUAUCAGCGGGGGCUCCUAACGACAAGGUUAGAAAGUAAUUACAAUCACAUCACAGCCCUGAUAAUGGGAACAGUUAAUGGUCCCUGAAAUGUUGGCGAUUUUUAGCCAACUGAUACAGCUGAUAGUCUGAGAAGAUUUUUAAAAUGCUCAAAGUGUGUCAUCAGUUGAGAUUAUGUAGUGUGAAAUGAUGCGCAGUUGCCUGUUUUAGGAUACUAUAAUAUUAUUUGUCCACAGGAACUGAGGGAAACCAUGGGCAGUUUCAAGAUAGUGAGGUAUCCUAACGGAAGGGCCCUCUAGCAUUGCAAGUUGGUCAGAAAAUUAUAUUGGCCCACAUCUUGCAUUUUGGGUACCAGUGUGUCCAUCGUUGGUCCUUACCUGAAGUACCAUGUUCUAGUAUUAGGGUAGGUAACAAUGGAGAGGUGAAAGCUCUUCCAGUGCAAAUAAGAAUAAUGUACAGCCAAUAAAAUGAGUACAUAUUUGUGCGUA